UUCAAUUCUCUCAAAGUAAAAGUAGUAUUGGUCUUUCUUCUUCUUUUCCUAAAGCUCUCAACUUUCUUUAAAUUUCUUCAAGAAAUCAUUAAAAAUGGCUAUUAGGAAAUCAAACAAAAUGCCACAAGCUGCAAUCUUGAAGCAAAUUCUAAAAAGGUGUUCGAGUUUGGGUAAGAAGCAUGGCUAUGACGACGAAGACCACCUCCCCAAUGACGUACCCAAAGGUCAUUUUGCAGUUUACGUUGGAGAAAAUCGAACGCGUUACAUUGUACCUAUUUCUUUUUUAACUCAUCCAGAGUUUCAAUGUCUCCUUCGACAAGCUGAAGAAGAAUUUGGCUUUGAUCAUGACAUGGGCAUUACUAUUCCAUGUGAAGAAGUUGUUUUCAGGUCACUAACUUCAAUGCUGCGGUAGUGAAUGAAGUAUUUGACAAGAAGAAAUUAAAAGAGUGAAUAUUAGGUGUAACGUUUUGGAGUGAAGAAAGAAAGAUGAAGCAAUUAGUGUUUUUUUGCUUCUCUUUUUUCUAACAUCUCAUUUCUUCAUUUUUAUUUUGGUUUUUGGGUAUUUUCUUGUUUUGUAACUUUAAUUUCCCCUAACCCUGACCUAGGAACCACGUAAUAUUAGUAGUGUUUUUUAUGGGUCGAAGUCAGAUUUGUAAGCAAAUCUUGGAAAUUUUUCCUUGCAGAGGUGUUUUUUUCCCCCUGUGAGAGAAGUGAAUGUCAGCUCUCAAUCUAUUUAAUAUGCCAUUUUGGAUACAAA